AGCUGCUGGAAGCCAGUUUAGGCUACCCUCAGACUCAGGGUGAUCUUCCUGCCUCAGCUCCCCAGCUGGGACUGCAGGUGUACACCACCACAUCCAGCAUGUUGUUGGCCCCGGGAAGAUUCUGCUCCCUUGCUAAUGGAGCAAAAUUUCUAAAGACAAUUCAUUCUUCAAAGCUUCUGGGAUUCUCUACUUAUGGUAAAAUGUCUUCAAAAUUUAAAAAUACGAAACGCAUCGAGGGACUUGAUAGCAAUGUAUGGACUGAAUUUACCAAGUUGGCUGCAGAUCCCUCUGUGGUAAAUCUUGGCCAGGGCCUUCCAGAUAUCUCUCCUCCAACAUACGUAAAAGAAGCGUUAUCAAAGAUUGCAUUUGUUGAUAACCUGAAUCAGUACACGCGGGGCUUUGGACAUCCGUCACUUGUGAAAGCCCUGUCCUGCCUUUAUGAAAAAUUUUUUCCCAAUCAAAUCGACCCAAAUAAAGAAAUCCUUGUGACAGUAGGAGCAUAUGGAUCUCUCUUUAAUGCCAUUCAAGGGCUAGUUGAUGAAGGAGAUGAGGUCAUUAUAAUAGUGCCUUUCUAUGACUGCUACGAGCCCAUGGUGAGGAUGGCUGGAGCAACACCUGUUUUUAUUCCCCUAAGAUCGAAAGCUGUUGGUGGAAAAAAAUGGUCUAGUUCUGACUGGACAUUAGAUCCACAAGAACUUGAAAGCAAAUUUAAUUCUAAAACCAAAGCCAUCAUAGUAAAUACUCCAAACAACCCCCUUGGCAAGGUGUAUACGAAAGAAGAGCUCCAACUCAUUGCUCAGCUUUGCAUCAAAUACGACACACUCUGUAUCAGCGACGAGGUUUAUGAGUGGCUUGUAUACACCGGAAAUAAGCACUUAAAAAUAGCAACUUUCCCAGGUAUGUGGGAGCGAACAAUAACGAUAGGAAGUGCUGGGAAGACGUUCAGUGUGACUGGCUGGAAGCUUGGCUGGACCAUUGGUCCUAAUCAUUUGAUAAAACAUUUACAGACCGUUCAACAAAACACUGUUUAUACUUGUGCAACUCCUUUACAGGAAGCCGUGGCUCAGGCUCUUUGGGUUGACAUCAGGCGCAUGGAUGACCCCUGCUACUUUUAUUAUUUGCCUAAAGAACUGGAAGUAAAAAUACCGAUGGCAUAUUUACUUGAAAGUGCUGGCCUCAGACCCAUCGUUCCUGAUGGAGGAUACUUCAUCAUUGCUGAUGUCUCCCCACUGGAUGCUGACCUCUCUGACAUGAAGACCAAUGAGCCUUAUGACUAUAAAUUUGUGAAAUGGAUGACCAAAAAUAAGAAACUAUCAGCCAUCCCAGUGUCAGCUUUCUGUAACUCGGAGACUAAGUCACAGUUUGAGAAGUUCGUGCGCUUUUGCUUCAUUAAAAAAGACAGUACACUGGAUGCUGCUGAAGAAAUCAUCAAGGCCUGGAGCAGAUAGUCUCGGGGCAUGCGGAGUACGGGACUGGCCACUAAAAGGCCUCAUACAGACCUGUAACUCAGUGCUACCACCUGCUGGAGUUGAACAACAAAUAAUUCGAUACAAAUUUAAGUAACUAUCUACAUUGUAUUUCCGGUUAGCCUCACUGCCCACACUCUUCAGGGAACUUUUUUUUUUUUUUUUUAGUUGAACUGUAUUAAAACACCUCCUAAGACACUAAUGCAGCUCAUCGGUGCAGAUACGUGAGAACAUGGGUUCCAUGCCCUGCACUAUGGUGAAAAAAUAAAACAUUUCUAUCAUUUUAUGAAAAUCAACCUAGCAUAAUGAAUAAGAGCUGUGAGAAGCUUCACCUCUCCAUGGUUCAGUUUCCCAGUUGUGAAUGGGGAAUGCAAACAGCACUUCUUCAUAUGAAGGUGGUCUGGGAAGAUCAAUGGCCUAAUCUUUAUAAAGCCUAAUAAACAAUAAACACUCAUGUGAGGGUAA